GCUCUGCUACAAGCUUACAACACACGCACUAAGCAGUAUGUAGUGUGUAGUGUUUAUUUGUGUGAUGUUAGGAUGAUUAAUGACUUUGGUGAAGUUCUAAAAGGUCCUGUUCAGUUGAAUGGAAAAAUGGACCUGGAUGGAUCAGCGGUAUGACUAGCCUCGAGUGAACUAUCUCUCCAGAGUGUCCAGAUUUUCAUGUUAUGUAAAGGUUGGCGAAUCAGCUUCAAGGUGAUUUAAUUCGUUCAAGUGUUGCGCAAACCAUUUGUACUGCUUUAAGGUGUGAAUCAACGUGCUAUGGUCAACCAAUUGUAAAUCGAAUGCUGCUCCUAGUUGACGAAAGCACUAAACUGAAUGUGUACAACCGGCGUGCACAACAGAUAGUCCUUCCAUGAAGGUAAACGUGCUUGUGGGUUCGGAAGGGAUUGUAAACAUUCUGGUUCGUCAUUUCACCGUUCAACGUUAGGUGUACAAAACGUAGACAGUAUCGCACUCUAUGCUACAGGCGAUAGCAUCACCGAAACGGACACUCCCAGAAGGGAAAAUUGGGUUCUCAUUCGGUCGGAUGGUUUCAUUGCUUCAUAAAUCAAUUCCCGAUGGCACCGACCGGACGUUGAGCGGGCCGAAACGUGGACGAACGCACACGCCGCUGACCGCACGAUGUCCCCGCCGGAUGACAGCACGGAAACGGAACCACCAUCUGCCAUGUCGACCACCGUCGUCACCGUGGCAACGCUGCUUGCCGAACGCUGCCUCGGAUGUGCGAUUAACUACACCGGCGCCGCCGCCGCCGCCGCCAAUCCCCCGGGCGAACGGUUGCAGUCCGAUUUCGGGCGCCCAACCACGCCGGCACCGCGGCACAACUGGACCUGGAGCUAUCUUAACCUUAGCGCACCGCAGCAGUACGACACGUUCGACGGGGAGUACGAGAUUGAUCCGGCCUACCAGCUACGCUACAGCGUGCUCGGCACGGUGCUACUGACGGUGGCCUAUGCGCUCGUCUUUAUCCUCGGCCUGCUGGGGAACAUCUCGGUCGUGAUCGUGGUGAAGAAAAGCACCAUGAUGCGAUCGCCCACCAACCGGUUCAUCGUCAAUCUCGCGUACGCUGAUUUAUUGGUCAAUUUUCUCUGCCUACCGUUUACGCUGAUCGGGAAUCUGUACCCAGCUUGGAUAUUGGGGGUGUUUUUCUGCAAGGGUGUUUCCUAUCUGCAAGGCGUUUCCGUUUCCGCUUCCGUCAACACGCUGAUGGCGAUCUCCAUCGAACGUUGCUUCGCGAUAUCGUUUCCCAUUUCGGGCACCAUUACGACCAGACAGUAUCGGUUGAUUGUGACCAUCAUCUGGUUUAUAGCGCUGAGCAUUAACCUGCCCUGGCUGUUCGUCUUCACGCUGCGUCCCAUCGGCAUUCCCGGAAGCAUAGCGCAGAUUUGUACCGAGCUGUGGCCGACACCGGCAUCGGAAAGUUGGUACUUUCUGUUCGCCAACCUGUUCUUCUGCUACCUUGGUCCGCUGAUUGUGAUAUCCAUCUGCUAUGUCAUCAUCUGGAAGAAUGUAGCUUACCGGAAUCUGCCGCGCGAGAUGAUUAUAAACCGCAAAAACGAUGUCUUCAAUCGCAGCAAGGUGAAGGUCAUAAAGAUGGUGUUCGUUGUGAUCAUCACCUUUGCCAUCUCGUGGUUGCCGCUGUAUGCCAUCUUUUGCUUCGUCAAAUUUGCCGGCGAUUUGGUGUACGAUGAAACGGUUCAAUCUUUCAUCUUGAACAUUCUCCCCGUCGCCCAGUGGCUCGGUGCAUCCAACUCGUGCAUCAACCCGAUACUGUACGCAUUCAUGAACCGCAAGUUUCGGGCCGGCUUCAAGAAGCUGUUCCAUAGCUGCUGCACGGCCGACGAGGACGAUUGGGACCUGCCGACCACGGUGGGCCGCCUCGAGGAGAAGGACCUGUACCUACGGCGGGUGCGCUCGUUCAGCAACGGCAAGCAACACCAAACGCUGCUGCACUACACUGGCCGGGAGCACUGCUCCACGCUGCGUGUGCCACUAACGGCACCGCCAUUGAACGUGCCCAAUGGUGGAACGCACGAUUGAAAUAUUCGUUUUGGACAGCACAAUAAGAAGCACAGCACGCCCAUCUACGGUUUUAAAAAGAUGAUGCGCCGAACAAAUUUUGCCAAUGAUAAUAUGCAAACAAAAGCUUACGUAAAACGUACAUAACAUAUUUAAAAUUGAAUCUACAGCGAAGACGGGGGGAGGGGAGGGAAGGGG